UAUACCUAUAGUUAAUUCAAUCGUUUGCUAAUGCCUACAGGAAUACAUAUUAUAAAAUUAGGCGUAGUGCCUAAAUACUGUUAAAAAGAGUUCUUGUUACAAAUAUUAUAAUUUAAGAUACAUUUAUUUUAAUUCAUAACUAAAUAGCCAAUUUCUUAAAUUUACUAAAGGCUAAUUUUUGUAACUAAAUGUAUUGAACUUACACAAAAUGCAAUGCCAGCCGUUGUUCACUCGACGAUUUGUUCUACGAUUACAAAUUUUAAAUCUAAGAAACCUACAUAAUAUUAUACAAAGAAUUGGACACAUGGGUCAAGAAUAAAAUCCAUGGGUUAUAAGAAAGAUGGUCUUAUAAAAGAUCUAUGGCCAAAUAUUCGAUUAAUACAACUAUCGGGCCUAUUCAUAUCCGAAUACUAUGACGAUUAUUCUGGACUUGCCGUGUUGCUCCGAAAGAUUUACAGCUGGAUCACUACAAUAAUAAUAUACUCACAGUUCAUAUUUAUUGUAAUGUUUAUGGUCACUAAAUCCAACGAUUCAGAUCAGCUGGCUGCUGGCGUGGUAACUACAUUGUUUUUCACCCAUUCGAUGAUCAAAUUCAUGUAUUUCAGCACGGGUACCAAGUCGUUCUACAGAACUCUAAGUUGUUGGAACAAUACUUCUCCACAUCCUUUAUUUACAGAAUCUCAUUCGAGAUUCCAUGCAAAGUCAUUAUCUCGGAUGCGACAACUUUUGAUUAUAGUGUCGAUUGUUACAAUUUUUACAACGAUCAGCUGGACAACUAUUACUUUCUUUGGUGAAAGCGUAUGGAAGGUUCCUAAUCCUGAAACAUUUAACCAAACAAUGUAUGUUCCAGUACCCCGUUUGAUGUUACACUCUUGGUACCCAUGGGAUGCAAGUCAUGGAUUAGGUUAUAUUGUGGCUUUUGUCUUGCAGUUUUAUUGGAUAUUCAUAACGCUCAGUCACUCAAACUUAAUGGAGCUUUUAUUCUCAUCAUUUCUGGUGCAUGCAUGUGAACAACUUCAACACUUGAAGGAGAUUUUGAAUCCAUUGAUCGAAUUAAGUGCUACCCUUGAUUCAUCAGUUCAUAAUCCAGCCGAAAUAUUUCGUGCCACUUCUGCUAAAAAUCAAGCAAUAAAUGGCAUCGAUCGCGAUUAUAAUGGGUCUUAUGUGAAUGAGAUUACUGAGUAUGGAACAAAAGGGGAAAAUGAAUCAAACAGAAAAGGACCAAAUAACUUAACUAGCAAUCAAGAAGUACUUGUUCGAUCAGCAAUUAAAUACUGGGUAGAGCGACACAAACAUGUUGUCAAAUACGUGAGUUUAAUUACCGAUUGCUAUGGUUCGGCACUUCUUUUUCACAUGUUAGUGAGCACCGUCAUUCUCACCAUUCUCGCAUACCAAGCAACCAAGAUCAACGGAGUAAAUGUGUUCGCGUUUUCUACCAUCGGAUACUUGAUGUAUUCUUUCGCACAAAUAUUUAUGUUUUGUAUACAUGGCAACGAACUCAUCGAAGAAAGUUCAUCUGUUAUGGAAGCGGCUUAUGGUUGCCACUGGUACGAUGGAUCCGAAGAAGCUAAAACAUUCGUGCAAAUAGUGUGCCAACAGUGCCAAAAGCCUUUGAUUGUGUCUGGAGCAAAAUUUUUCAAUGUUUCAUUGGAUUUAUUUGCAUCAGUUCUUGGAGCUGUGGUAACAUACUUCAUGGUUUUGGUGCAGCUUAAAUAAAACUGUUUAAUAAUAAAUACUGCUAUACAGGAUGAUUCACCAAGCAUGUGGCAUUUCUUACCUUAUUUUUAUUUUUUAAUAGUAAAUUUAUUCAAAUUAUGAUUUUUAGAAUUGUUAACUGUAUAGUAGUAUCUUAUUUUCAAAUACUUAGAUUUUACACCAUAUGAAGAAAACCUGUAGUGAUGAAUAAUUUGAAAUGAGAACCACAUUUUAUACUGUCAACUGUUAAUACAGUUAUGUUUUUGAAAAUUUUGGAGGAUCUAAUUGGAGAAUAGUUUUUGUGUUAUUAAGCUUAAUAUACCUACUUAUGAUAAUGUACUUGAUAAUGGUUUUACAAUUUUACAUACAACAUAUGUAAUGCUUAUCUUAGUAUUUAUUAUAUUCGAAAAGUAUAACAUUUUAAUAGAUUACUAUUAAUUACUAUCUUUCAAAUCAUCAUAGCUUCAUAUGUAAUCUUAAACCUAAUAUUAUGGAUUAUUAUCCUCAUAUUAUCCCUAAAGUUCAGUAAUUCAUAAACUACUGGUUACAAUUUCAAAAUAUACAUCAACAUUUUCAAAAAAAAUUAUACCCUUAAAAAUGUACAGUAAAAAAUCACGUUUCUUUUUCGUCUCACGCCACAGGACAUUCCUUACAUCGCAUAAAAAUCUAAGUAUUUGAAAAUAUUGUCUUAUUUUAUUUAAAAUUUAUUAUUAGUUUAUUUAAAAAUUCCAAUAACCACAAUAGUUGUAUAAAAUAAAAAUAAAUUAUUAAAAGAAAACACGAGGGGUUGCACAGGCAUGAGAUUCACUCUGUAUAGCCGUUAGUUAGACGUAUAUUUAUUUUAUUUAAAAGUAAAAGCUCGUCUUUAUAAAGUUACCAUAGAAAUAAAUUUACUAUUAUAUUUUAU